GCCGCCGGGCUGCGCCCCCAUCUGGGCGCCGCAGUCUACGCGCGCGGUGAGGGCCGGGCCUCGCGCUGCUCACUGCCGCGGCCCGCCCCGGCCCGGCGGCCCGCCCCCUGCGCACCGCCCGGCCCGCGCCCGGCGCUCAUGCGGGCCGAGCCCCGCCCCCCGGCCCGAGCCCGCCGAGCACCGCCCGAGCCCGCGCGCGCCUCCCGCCCGCACCAUGCUCAAGUGCAUCCCGCUCUGGCGCUGCAACCGGCACGUGGAGUCGGUGGACAAGCGGCACUGCUCGCUGCAGGCUGUGCCGGAGGAGAUCUACCGCUACAGCCGCAGCCUGGAGGAGCUGCUGCUCGACGCUAACCAGCUGCGCGAGCUGCCCAAGCCUUUCUUCCGACUGCUGAACCUGCGCAAGCUGGGCCUCAGUGACAAUGAGAUCCAGCGGUUGCCACCCGAAGUGGCCAACUUCAUGCAGCUGGUGGAACUGGAUGUGUCCCGAAAUGAUAUCCCUGAGAUUCCCGAGAGCAUCAAGUUCUGUAAGGCUCUGGAGAUCGCGGACUUCAGCGGGAACCCCUUGUCCAGACUCCCGGAUGGCUUCACGCAGCUGCGCAGCCUGGCUCACCUGGCUCUGAAUGACGUGUCCCUGCAGGCACUGCCUGGGGAUGUGGGCAACUUGGCCAACUUGGUGACCCUGGAGCUCCGAGAGAACCUGCUCAAGUCUCUGCCUGCGUCCCUGUCUUUCCUGGUUAAGCUGGAACAGCUGGAUCUGGGAGGCAAUGAUCUGGAGGUGCUGCCUGACACUCUGGGGGCUCUGCCGAACCUGCGGGAGCUGUGGCUAGACCGGAACCAGCUGUCGGCACUGCCCCCGGAGCUAGGGAACCUACGGCGUCUGGUGUGCUUGGAUGUGUCAGAAAACAGGCUAGAGGAGCUGCCUGUGGAGCUGGGCGGUCUGGCGCUGCUCACAGACCUUCUGUUGUCCCAGAACUUGCUGCAGCGGCUGCCAGAUGGCAUUGGUCAGCUGAAGCAGCUGUCUAUCCUGAAGGUGGACCAGAACCGGCUGUGCGAGGUAACCGAAGCUAUUGGGGAGUGCGAGAACCUCUCUGAGCUGAUACUCACAGAGAACCUGCUAACGGCCCUGCCCCGCUCUCUGGGCAAGCUGACCAAGCUGACCAAUCUUAAUGUGGACCGGAACCACCUUGAGAUGUUGCCACCUGAGAUUGGAGGCUGUGUGGCGCUCAGCGUUCUCUCCUUGAGGGACAACCGCCUGGCCGUGUUGCCUGCUGAACUCGCCCACACAGCCGAGCUGCAUGUGCUUGAUGUGGCUGGGAACCGGCUGCGGAGUCUGCCGUUUGCGCUCACCCACCUCAACCUCAAGGCGCUGUGGCUGGCCGAGAACCAGGCACAGCCCAUGCUUCGGUUCCAGACUGAGGACGAUGCCCAGACUGGCGAGAAGGUGCUCACCUGCUACCUGCUGCCCCAGCAGCCCCUGCCCAACUUUGAGGACCCAGGGCAUCAGGGUAGCCCCUCAGAGAGCUGUAGUGAUGCCCCCCUGAGUCGUGUUAGCGUCAUCCAGUUCCUAGAGGCUCCAGACGGUGACGAGGAUACUGAGGAGGCUGCUGCCACGAAGCCGGGCCUGCAGCGUCGGGCUACGCCUCACCCCAGUGAGCUCAAGGUGAUGAAGAGGGGCAUUGAGGAGCGCCGGAACGAGGUCUACACCUGCAAGCCUGAUCUCGGGCCACCCUCACCCUCGGAGGAGGAGAAGAGGCUGAGCACAGAGUCUGGCUUGAGUGGAGGCUCUGGCCGGUCUGACAGCACAGCCUCUGAGGGUGAUCCUGAGGCCCCACUAGCUGAGGUACCAGGGCUGGAGCAGCAGGAAGCUACACCACCUGGUCAAGAGGAAGCUAUGGAAGAGGACUAUGAUGAGCCCACAGUACACUUCGCAGAGGAUACGCUGCUAUCCAGGGAAGAUGGUGAGAGUGAGGAGGGGCACCCUGAGGCCCCUUGGCCCCUGCCAGGUGGGCGGCAGCGCCUCAUCCGCAAGGACACGCCCCACUACAAGAAGCACUUCAAGAUCUCCAAGCUUCCACAGCCCGAGGCUGUCGUGGCCCUGCUGCAGGGGAUGCAGCCAGAUGGGGAGGUCCCCACAGGGCCUGGGGGCUGGCACAAUGGUCCCCACACACCCUGGGCUCCUCGGGCCCAGGAAGAAGAGGAAGAGGAGGAAGAGGAGGAGGACAGGGCUGAGGAGGAAGGCGAGGCCACCACGGAGGAGGAGGACAACGAGGAGGCUGUGGCUUCUGCUCCCUCCGUCAAGGUCUGCAGGUCACUCUCACACCUACAGACUAUAGGCAACCCAUGCCUGGGACUGUGCCAAGCCCAGGGGGUGUCGUUUGACCAGGCCAAUAACCUGCUGAUAGAGCCUGCUCGCAUUGAGGAGGAAGAGCUGACACUCACCAUCGUGCGGCAGACAGGGGGCCUGGGCAUCAGCAUCGCAGGGGGCAAGGGUUCCACUCCCUACAAGGGAGACGACGAGGGCAUUUUCAUCUCUCGGGUGUCUGAGGAGGGCCCUGCAGCCCGCGCUGGAGUUCGAGUGGGCGACAAACUCCUUGAGGUGAAUGGCGUGGCUUUGCGGGAUGCGGAGCACCAUGAGGCUGUGGAGGCACUGCGAGGGGCAGGCGCUGCUGUGCAGAUGCGAGUGUGGAGGGAACGAAUGGUGGAGCCUGAGAAUGCAGUCACCAUCACACCUCUACGGCCUGAGGAUGACUACAGCCCUCGGGAGCGGCGGGGUGGUGGCCUACGCUUGGCCUUGCUCCAGCCUGAGACCCACAGCCCCCUCCGCCAGCGCCACGCAGCCUGCCUCGUGCGCAGUGAAAAGGGACUGGGCUUCAGCAUUGCUGGUGGAAAAGGCUCCACGCCCUACCGGGCUGGUGAUGGGGGAAUCUUUAUCUCCCGCAUUGCAGAGGGGGGUGCUGCCCACCGGGCAGGCACUCUACAAGUCGGGGACCGAGUCCUCUCGAUCAAUGGAGUGGACAUGACUGAGGCCAGGCACGACCAUGCUGUCUCCCUACUGACUGCCGCCUCCCCCACCAUUGCCCUGCUACUGGAAAGGGAGACUGAGGGGUCCCUCCCCCUGACUCCCUCACCGCAUGCCUCCCCCAUCCCCACCGCCACUGCUGCUACCAUGACCACUGUCACUCCUGGGGAGCCUGGGCUGCCCCGGCUGGCCCCCAGCCUGCUGGCUGCUGCCUUGGAAGGACCAUACCCCGUGGAGGAGGUCCGUCUGCCCAGGGCUGGGGGCCCACUGGGGCUUAGCAUCGUCGGGGGCUCUGAUCACUCCAGCCACCCGUUUGGUGUCCAGGAGCCUGGUGUGUUCAUCUCCAAGGUGCUCCCGCGGGGCCUGGCUGCUCGCUGUGGCCUUCGGGUUGGGGAUCGCAUUCUGGCAGUGAACGGACAGGAUGUACGGGAGGCCACGCACCAAGAGGCAGUCAGUGCCCUGCUCCGACCCUGCCUGGAGUUGUCACUGCUGGUGCGGAGGGACCCGCCCCCCCCAGGCAUGCGGGAGCUCUGCAUCCAGAAGGCCCCCGGGGAGAAGCUAGGCAUCAGCAUCCGUGGGGGUGCCAAGGGCCAUGCAGGCAAUCCCUGCGACCCCACAGAUGAGGGUAUCUUCAUCUCCAAGGUGAGCCCCACAGGGGCGGCUGGGCGUGAUGGCCGGCUGCGUGUGGGGCUGCGGCUGCUGGAGGUGAACCAACAGAGCCUGCUAGGCCUCACGCACGCUGAGGCUGUGCAGUUGCUGCGCAGCGUGGGUGACACCCUCACCGUGCUCGUCUGUGAUGGCUUUGACACCAGUACCACCAUAGCCCUAGAGGUAUCCCCAGGUGUCAUUGCCAACCCCUUUGCAGCAGGCAUUGGCCACAGGAACAGCCUGGAAAGCAUCUCAUCCAUCGACCGGGAGCUGAGCCCUGAGGGCCCAGGCAAGGAGAAGGAGCUGCCUGGUCAGGCCCCACACUGGGGGCCUGAGGCUACAGAGGCAACAGGACGGAGUCUAGAGCCCCUGAAGCUGGACUAUCGUGCCCUGGCUGCUGUGCCCAGUGCUGGUGGCAUGCAGAGGGGACCAUCUGGGAUGACCGGAGGGAAAAUGGCUGAGGACCCCUGCUCCCCUGGCAACCAGCAGACAAAACCGGGGGUGAUCCAGCCAUUGGCUCAGGCCUGGCCAAGGGGCUCCCCGGCUCCCAGGGGCAGAGGUGGUCCCUGCUCUCCACCCUCCCCACCCUCCCCGGAUGAGCUACCUGCUAACGUGAAGCAGGCCUACAGGGCCUUUGCAGCUGUGCCCACUGCACACCCUCCUGAGGACAGUGCUGCCCAGCCCUCCAUGCCUGGGCCAGCGGCCUCCCCAGAGCAGCUGUCUUUCCGGGAGCGGCAGAAGUACUUUGAGCUGGAGGUGCGGCUGCCCCAGGCUGAGGGCCACCCCAAGCGUGUGUCCCUGGUGGGUGCUGAUGACCUGCGAAAGAUGCAGGAAGAGGAAGCCCGAAAGCUGCAGCAGAAGAGGGUGCAAAUGCUGCGGGAGGAGGCUGAGAACACAGGGCCAGAAGCAGGGCUCGUCCUGGACAGGGAAUCCCCGGAUGAAGAGCAGCAGGAGGCCGAGCCCCCCUGGGCUGGCCCCGGGUCUGCUGGAGGGUCCAGCCCAGCGUCCCCGCCACCCGUGGGAGGCGGCGCCCCGGUGCGGACAGCCAAAGCUGAGCGGCGCCAUCAGGAGCGGCUUCGCAUGCAGAGCCCUGAGCUGCCAGCUCCCGAGCGGGCCCUGUCCCCGGCGGAGCGCCGGGCCCUGGAGGCGGAGAAGCGGGCGCUGUGGAGAGCGGCCAGGAUGAAGUCUCUAGAGCAGGACGCUCUGCGCGCGCAGAUGGUCCUCAGCAAGUCCCAGGAGGGCCGGGGCAAGCGAGGGCCCCUGGAGCGGCUGGCGGAGGCCCCUUCACCGGCGCCCACCCCAUCACCUACCCCCUUGGAAGACCUCGGCCUUCAGACCAGCACCUCCCCUGGACGCCUGCCCUUGUCUGGAAAGAAGUUUGACUACAGGGCUUUUGCAGCCCUCCCUUCUUCCAGACCGGUCUAUGACAUCCAGUCACCAGACUUUGUCGAGGAGCUGAGGUCCUUGGAACCAUCCCCCAGCCCUGGUCCACAAGAAGAGGAUGGAGAGGUGGCCCUGGUGCUCCUGGGUAGGCCCUCACCCAGUGCCUUGGGUCCUGAAGAUGUGACACUGUGCAGUAGCCGCCGGGCCAUACGGCCAGGGCGCCGAGGCCUGGGCCCUGUGCCCUCCUAGGGCUGGGUGCCCCCUCAGACUUGCGGUGGGGUCCUCCAGCUCCAUCAUCACCCUUGCCCCAAGUCUUUUAACUUGGGUAUUAGCAUUUUAAAGAGACCCCCCCCCUCAAGAGUUCUGGCCUCUAACUGCCCCCUUCCCCAAGCCAGAAUCUCUUGGCAAGACUGUAACUAGUGAUGUUUGUACAACCAAAGACUCUAUUUUGUGGUUUAAGGAGAAUAAA